CCGGUGUGGUUGGUGCGCGCCGCGUCAAAUCUAUUCGCCGCAUAUACAAAACUAUAUCGAAGGCGAACCACGGCAAAAACAGCGCACAGCUCGGUACACCGUACACCAAUUCGUACACAAGGUUCGAGAUACACAAAAUAAUAAAAUUAAAAUAAAAAAAAUAUUUAUAAAUUAUUUUAUUUACUUUAUAAAUUUCUUCGUCGUCGUUCGGUCACCGUCACGUUGAUUUUAAGUGCAAUUUAAUUUUCAUAUUAUCAUAAUUUUAAAAGAAACAAAAAGAUACAAAAUUCGUUUAAGAUGAUAUUUUGCUCUUGUCAAAUGUAACAAUUGCAUUUUGAGUUUCCUAGCUUCAUAUACCAAAGUUAACUAUCUGACACCUUGUCUGAGAUCGACGUUCGCCGUUGCCGUCGUUGUACGUCGUCUUCGUCUCCGUCUCCGUCAUCGUCGUCGUUAUUCGUUUAUUUGUGCAAAUAGAUUUUUUACUUGCUAACUUACCCGUACCCAUCAGGUAGGUAGGUACUUCCUACCUGCAACAACUACUGUGCGCUUCCCCUUAUAUAUUUUUUGUUGUUGUUGUAUAAUUAUAAUUAUAGUUAUUUUGUUUAAUGUGAUAGCGAUAGGUAAUAGAGACGGUUCCGGUAGCAGGCAAUUACCUUAGCACCGUUAGAUGCAAUUCGUUAUUCGAAAAAGUGCUUAAUUCGAUUAAAAGAUACGAAAAAAAGGAAAAUCAAUAAGAGUGUAUACAAAGUCAGUUUUUGAAAGAAAAUAUAUUUUUUCCUUCGCUCGUCUGUCGGAUUGCAUUGCUAUUUCAUUGCUUCGGAUUUGGAUACCAAGGUUUUCUUCAUUUCUUUUAAUACCUACCUUUAACUGAGUUAUAAGUGUUGUUUUGUUAUAUAUUUGCAUGGGCAUCUUUUCUUAGGUUGCCUGCAAUUUGCAAACCGUAGAUACAGCUGACAGUUUUUCAGAUGCAAAAGUGAUUCAAAAUCUUUAAGUCUGAACCCACAAUAAUAAUUUGUGAAUUAUUAUAAUUUUGUUUUAAGUUAAGUUUAAAAAAAAAAUCGUACUCUCGAAUAUUGUGGAAAUUCAAUCUUUGUGGAAUUUCGAUACCAACCACCGACCGACCACAGGAGUGGUAGAAGCAGAAGAAGGAGUGUUUUGUUCGCUAUGCUCUCUUAUAUGCUACCAGUAGAAGAGAAGCCAUCAGAGACGACAACAACAACGCCGCCGACGACAACCGCUAUGACAGUGUCGCCCCCUUCUUUGCAAGUCGAUGCUGUUGGUGCAAUACAUCAAGGCCUCCAAGUCCAAAAGACACCUGUUUCAAUUGUUAAAGGAUCAACCGCACCCACCAGCCAACGUCAAUUACAACAACAACUCCAACAACAACAAUAUCCAUCACAAACAAUGAUGAAUGUAGGCGGUCGAAAUUUAAAUUUAAACUUAAAUCUUAGCAAUAAACUAAAUCAAAGCGGUAAUACGCUUCUAUCUGCGAUAAUUGAAAAGAACACCACCACCAGCACAUCAUCAGCAGCAUCACAAAUGAUGAACAACAGUAACAGCAGCAUUGCCAGCGAUGACAAUGACGAUGAUGGAUGCCACAGCUUUGACAAUUGUGAUGAGAACACAAAACUACUCGAUGCAAGCGAAAAGAUUUGUGCAAAUGGAAAAACUUUAGCCUGCGUUACAGCCGCUGUUGCUUCCGCUGCAAAUGCCGCCGACACGUCAGCCAUUUGUCUGCAUGGUAGUAACCACAAUGGCAGCAACAAUAAGACGGCGAUAAGAAGUUGUAAUAGUAACGGGAAUAAUAAUAAUAAUAGUAGUAUUAGCAGCAGUUUGAAGGGGGGCGGCAAUAGUAGCAGUUGUCAUGAUUGUAUUGAAGAGGAAGAGAUUGGAGAUACUUGUGAUGAGGAUACAGAGACUGGCGGUACAACAAGUGACGGUGAUAGACGUAAGCAACUCAAGAAAGUCAAACUUAGCAAGAUAGGUGCCACCAAGAGUGUCACGUUGAAAAGAGUUUCAUUUGGCUCAUCAAAAGGUUCCAUGGUAGAAACAUUAGUUUUUGAGACUCCAACUCCCCUCCCAGAACAUGCCGAACGUGAGUUUGGAUUUUCAAUUGAAAAUUCAAUCAACACGGGCGCGCAUUCGAUAUGUAAUAAUAACAUAAAUUCAGCUUGUAGUAGAAUAAACUCAUCAUUAGAUGACAGUGGAAUUGAACUGCAAGAAGAGUUAGAACGUUCCAAAGUCCGUGUUUCAAUUUACCAAAGUAAUCAACCCCAACAAGUUAGUCCGCCCGAAAGCUAUUCCCAUUUCAAGGAUAAUAGUUACCUUCUUAUAUCAGAUACAUUUAGCACCGAGCCAAGUGAUUUUGAAAACGACAUCAUGACAGCUGUAACGGCAACACCUACAUCUUACGAUAGACAACAAAGUACCGAUUCUGGUUGGGAUAAUCCAUUCAGACCUGGUGGUGAUUUAUCGAGAGAAGCUGAUGAAAUUGUAAAUAUGAUAAAAGGUGGUAAACCAAUUACACCAACCAGUGAUAUUAACCAUGCAAUUUCAAAUGGAAGUGCACAAAAAGAAAGCCAUUCAAUUGAAAAUGGAACGGCUGUAGUAGAUGGAGCGACAAAAAUACAGGUUGCGCAAUCGCAGUCAGCAGCACAAAAUGGUACACAUUCACCACAAUUACGGCCAGCGACGACGACAACAACCGCAACAUCAGCAUCACCAGCAAACGGUGUGUCCGACACAAAUGGAAGCACCACUCAGACCCAAGUGUCGAACAAGGUGGUUCCAGGUCCGACUUCAGCUAGUCACGUAGUUAUUGACGACAAAAAGAACAAAAAAAAGGGCUGCUGUGUUAUUCAAUAGACGAGAAUAAUAAUUUAUUAUUCAAUCAAAAUUAUUUAAACAAAUACAAACAAAAAAAUUAAAAUACAAAAAAAAACAUAAACAAAAAGAUUUAACAAAAAAAAAAGCAGUUAAUUGUGUAACACGUAGACAUUGUAAUAUAUAAAGAUGACAUUUAUUUUUCGCUUAAUUUGCUUCUUUAUUUUGUAUAUUUUAUAUAUUUAUCCCUUGAAUAUAUAUUAAUUGUUUAUAUACAUACAUAAUAUAUAUAUAUAAUAAUAAUAAAAUAUAAUUUAUUUUUACUUUUGGAAUAAAAACAAAAUAUAUCUUAAAAAAAACAGCAUCUAGUUAGGAAAAAAGAAUAAAAUACAGAAAAAAAUUAUCAAAAGAAACGAAAAAAAAUUAAAUAAAAACACUAUAACAAAAACUAUUUAAAACCACAGAAUACUAUAUAAACAAAAAUAUUUAACAAAAUCAUCAACAACAAAAAACAAAACACUUAUAAAACACACCCACGACAAAGCAAAAAACAACAACAACAAAAUAAAAAUUUAAUUAUUUUAGGAGGAAUUUAAAAUGAGGCGUUAUAGUUAUUUAAUUAACUGGAUAAACACAACACUAUAUAUAUAAAUAUAUAUAUUUACUAUUAAUUUUAUUUGUAUAAAUAUUAAGAACCAAUUUUCCUCAUCUAUUGUGUUUAGACGACAAACAAAAACAAAAACAAAA